AUGUCGGAUGUGAAACGUGUAACGCUAACCACGAUUAGCGAUGUGGUCAGACGGGGAGGGACGGGUGUCCCCACCGCCGGAAACUCGGCGACGUCGUCGACCAUCGCUGGCGUUGGCGGUGGCGGUGGGUCGCUGUCAGCAUUCGAGCUGCCCUCGCCCAGUCCCCAGUUCGGGGCCUCAGGAGCCGCCACCAUGUUUGGUGGUGCUGCUGUCGGGAAGGAGGGCACCAGUGGCAACGGAGCAAGCGGUUCCGGCCGAACGACCAAGAAGCAAUCCACCAGCGUGCGCCUGGAGCUGAACCUUUUCGAGCCAACCGCCGACAGCUUCCCGCAGUUCAACUUUUCCAACCUGAUCCGCGAAGAGCAGAAACGUAUGAAAAAGCUACAGAAAAAGCAUAAUGAUGAAGCGAAUGGAUUCCUGUCCGAUCCCGAGCUCGACAAUGAUGUGGCUCGGGUGGCUCGUGAACUUGAACUGAAAUAUGGCUCGGGGACGACCUACGCCAGCAAAGGCAAGCAAGCCCGGCCGUCCAAGCUGGAUUAUUGUGAUCGUGGUGCGGGUUACGACGAGGAAGAUUCUUUCAUCGAUAACUCCGAAGCGUACGAUGAACUGAUCCCUCAGGAGAUUGAAACGGUUGGCGGUGGUUUCUACAUCAACUCGGGUCAGCUGGAGUUUAAGCAACUGUCGAACUUUGAACGUCCGGAUGAUGUGCAUCGCAUGCCGAAGCCGAAGAAGCGUGCACUUUCUACGACAUCCGAGAGUAGUGACGACGAACCGGCCACAUCGGAUUCAAAAACUAAGAAACCACCGGAUUCCAACCAAAACGCGGCCAUGGACAAACAUGGACCGAACAAAGACCAGCCGCUACAGCAACUUCAGCCCUCCGUAGUCAUCGAGGAUGACAAACUAUCAUCCGCCGCACCGACGGGCACCGACGGAAAGAUUGACGAUGAAAAACCCCGCCUUAAUGGGCACAUCUCGAAAAAGCAAAAGCUAAACGAUGCCAACCAACCUCCGAAGGGAUCGGGAAUGGAUUUGAAUGUUGGCGAAAUGGCAAAACCAGUGCCAGGGGCAGUGAUCCCGAUAGAGACCUCCGAAAAGGACGGUACCGAUGGUACGAAAUGCGUAAAAGUAGCCGCUUCAAACGCAACACCGGUCGGCGGUGUGCAAAUGGCAAAGAAAGAAGAAGCCACCCCGGGGGAUGUCGCUGGAAGUGCGAAGGUGGUCAAGACCACGACAGUGAAGGAUAUGCUGCGUGCCAAACGGGACAGUUUGAGAAAGAUGGAGCAAGAAAAGAAAGGCCGAUCCAGUGGCUCGAGUCGCGUGUCUAGCUCCGAGGCCGAGGAAGACGGUGACGGUGGGGUCGACGAGGAAGACGACGAGGACGAUGAAAAUGAUGAAGAUGACGACGAGGAGGAAGAGGACGAAGACGGUCAGACGGUCAGUGACGGGAGCGAGAAAAACUCAAACGAAUCCGUCUCCGAGGUCGAUAUCGGUUCCGAAACGGACGGCAGUAGCCGUGAAAGUGUGAGCGAGAAGGAUGGAGAGGAAAAAGGGAUGGCCGCGUGUCCGGCCAGCGUUAUCACCACCGUUUCCAGCGUCGCAACCACCACGGUAACGGCGGCGACAAACGGAACGGUCGAGCAACAGAACGAACGCAAACGAAAGGAGUGUAAACUGCCGGAAGACCUGCAUGAGCAGCUGAGAAGGGAUGUGGAAGCGUUAAAGGAACUCGCCCGAACUCAUUCGGCCAAUGGCGGUGGCAAGCUCAACUAUUUCGACAGCAAAGUGGCCGAUCUGUUACUGCAAAUCGAUGCCGGUGCACGCAGCUCCAGUGCACCGAAUGCCAACGGCACCCGUAACGCCAUCUUCCGUCAUCUGGAGGCACACCUGUCCAUCAGUCGGCAGUCGCUGCAGUUGAAGAUGAAAAAGAUUCGUCUCCGACGGCUUGAGAGUCGCUCGAAAGCGGCCCUCGGUCGCCUCGAGGGCACGAUCAACGACAUGCUGCCCGGGAUUUUGGCCAAGUACGAGCUGGACUGUCUGAAGGUACAGGAAAUGCGGGCGGCGCAGGCGGCAUCGGCUUCGGUCAUCAUCAAUAGCAGCAAUGGCAGCGGUGCUGCAAUGGCCAACGGAGAAAAAGGGGACCACCAUCCCGCGCAGCUGCGCAACCCGAAGAAGCGCUUCCCGUGGAACGAGCGGACGCGCGAUCUGCUUUGGGAACUCUACACCAACCGCUUGGAAUGUUUCGCCUUGCAAAGGCCCCGCAAUGAGACGGAGGAGGAGCACGUGGCGGACUAUAUGCGAACCAAGAUCGUGCCCCUGUGGCCCAAAGGUUGGAUACGGUACGAAGAUCUGCAAAAGGAGCUUGAUCGGCGGAAAAAAGCACUCGCCAAAGGUGGCGGCCCUGCGGUCGCCGGUAAGAUUAAAGCGAGUACCAUACUUUCGCCCCUGACCUCCCCUGUACUUCCGGGCAUCGAGUCGAACACAGUCAAUAAUGGUACAGCGUCGUCAGAGGUGCUGGUAAUGGUAGGGACUUCCCGAACGGCACUCUCGCAAUCAGUGAGCGGUACGGAUUGUUCGCCGACGCCAAAUUUGGGCACGCUUCACCCCGGCACUGCCAGCACAUCCUUGCCACAGUUGUUUGUGGCAAGCGUCACAUCACCAAACUCUUCCCACAAACAGCGGUCCUCCGACCACAGCAUUAGCAAUAUUAUGAACUCUCCGCCCCUACCGCCACCCGCAGCCAACGACAGCAAACAUUCGCCAGGUGAGCUCGGUCUCGAAAGCCACGUGAGAAAAGGGGACACAAUGAGCUCUUCCGGUAAAGAAGGAUUGUCCGGUGGCAGGCAACACCUUUCCACGAUUAUGUACAAUCGGGUGUCCCCGGGCGAUGGAAAGCUGCUGCACAGGAGAAACAGUCGCGAGGAAGACAGCGACAGUAGCAUCGAAAUUAUAGCCGAGUACAGCAUGGCGGGAGUUGGUGCUGGUGCUGGCACAUCUGGCAAGUCUCUGGGAAUGCAAACGGGACCGAUGGUUACCGGCACUAGUCUGCCGGUGUUGAAUAAGGAAAAGUAUAAAAAUUUGAUCGCCGGCAAGAACAAGGCAAGCCAAGGAUCGACCGAGCUGCCAACGCUGAUAGGCCUGACGGCGCCAGCUGCUCAGGGAACAAUCGUUGUCGCUUCGGGGAGCAUGAAGUAUCCCAAAAAUUCUCCCACAGGAGCCGUUGGAUCCGUUUCCUCUUCGCCUGCAGCAGCUGCUGCCUUGUCGUUCGCGAUACCGUCCGGUGCGAUCAGUGGUUCGCCUGGUGGUGGUGGUGUCAUGAUGGCUACAGAAGUGAGCGGAGCCGUCGGUAGCGCUCGUUUCCAGGAUAACACACCGACUGCUCGCGAUAUGGAGGUGCAGCAGAUAAUGAAGGAUCUCAAGGAAUUUCAGGAACUGCAACAGCAACACAUUACCGGCGGCAGCAGCAGCAAUCGUAAAGCGGCGGAUGUCUCAUCAUUACAACCGUCGCAGCAACAGAAUGCCCGUUCAUCGGAAUACUUUAUCGACUGUGAUAUGGAUGUUGAUGAAUUGCUCUUCUCCAUCAACAACUACACGUACGGUGGUCGGAAGAACUGA